UUCACUACAAUCACCUGUGCUGGGUGCUGACACAAAGCAUAAGUUACAGCAGCUUAGAUGCCUUGUCUGACUUGGGCCUCAUGAGUGGACUGAGGCCGGUGAGAUUUCUCUCAGCAGCUCACUUUGUCCAGCUCUGGACUCUUGCCCAGUGGGGUGACUGGCUUGAUGCAGCAUGGAUCAAGGAACGCUUUACAACCCCCACAUGCUGCAAUCUGUGUCAUAUGGCUCAUAAAUUCCUCUGCUCAUUCCCCUGGGCAGCGCUGCUGAUCAGUCAUGGCCCUGCAAACCCACCAGCUCUGCUCUUCCUCAGCCCCGGUCUCCCGGGUUUCUCUCUGCUCAGCGCUAGGACAGGAAAGCCAGCCGCAGAGCGUCGGCUUCUGGGAAGGCAUCCAAGGAACUGCAGGAGUUGAACGAACCAUCACAUUGACAUCUCGGCUUUGUUUUGGAAACCGAAGUGCGGAAGGAAGCCAGCGGUGGAACAGAGACGUGGGGGGGAUGGGACUGGUUUCCACAGUGUAACCAUUAGCCAGGAGAGGUGCCCGGUGUCCGCUGGCUUUCUUUCAGUUCUUGCUUCCUGCCGAUGUCCCUGCUGAGCCCUACAUGGCCCCAGAGAGACAAAGCUCCCUGCAGUGGGACACUUGCUGGCCUCACACCCACCUCCUCUUCGGACAGUGACUCCGGCUGCGCCCUGGAAGAGUACCUGGAACCCGCAGCAGACGCUGCCCCAGCAGAGGUAUCUUUGUGCUUUGAGGCUCCCUCAGCGGACACGGUGCCUGCUGCCAUCAGGAGCCAGCUCCGCAUUAAAUCUCUCCUUCAGCAGCUGCCCCCGCAGGACUGCAAUGACAGGUACUGCCCUGGCCUUGGGGAGGAGGAGAGGAGACAACUGCAAGCGUUCAGUGCCCGUCGCAGGCAGGAGUCACUGGGGCAGGGAUUUGCAUGCCUUGUGCCCUCUGCCUGCCUUUGUGAAAAGUGCGGCAGGAGGUUGAACACAGGGGACCUGGGGGUUUUUGCAUCCAGGCUGGGGGACCGGUCCUGCUGGCAUCCCUCCUGCUUUGUCUGCCACUCCUGCCACCAGCCUCUGGUUGACCUGAUCUACUUCCACCAGGACGGGAAGAUCUACUGUGGCCGACACCACGCGGAGUUCUUCCGGCCACGCUGCGCCGCAUGCGAUCAGCUGAUCUUCACAGAUGAGUGCACGGAGGCAGAGGGCAGGCGCUGGCACACGGAGCACUUCUGCUGCCUAGAGUGUGACCUGCCUCUUGGGGGGCAGAGGUACGUCAUGAAGGGCGGCAGACCCUGCUGCUGCAGCUGCUUCGAGAGCCUCUACGCGGAGCUCUGCCAGGCCUGUGGCGAGCUCAUCGGUGUCGACAGCGAGCAGGCUACUCACCAAGGCCGGCACUGGCACGCCCGGGCCUCUUGCUUCUGCUGCAGCCUCUGCCAGAAACCGCUGCUAGGACAGCCGGUCACGUCCCAUCACAGCCUCCUCUACUGCUCCGAGGCCUGCAGCUUGGAGAAGGCGGCAGCAUCCUCCACAGCCUCGGACUCGUCCGACUCUGCCUUCGUCUCGGCUCCGUCUCCUGACUCGACGCCCAUCUCCAGGGCCAGCAGUGAGGGCGGCAGGAAUGCCCCGAGGCCAGGGAGCACCCCUCCAGCUCCAACAAUGGGUGGCGAUUCUUGUCAACAGAAGGCGGAGGAGAUGGAGGACUCCCCUGAUCAAGCCUCCACGUGCCCCGCAUUCAGAAGCCAGGAUGGCCACGGGACAGCAUUUAAGGAGAGGAGUAAGGGAACUCCCUACCCCAGUGCGCUGGCACAAGCAGCUGUCGCUCCCCCGGGGCAGGAACAAUCCUCCACCACCCUGCCCAGUGAACUGGGUUUGAAUGGACCUGGGGCCUUGGGCGACCAGCUCCCAGGGAGGCUCAGGCCUCAGCCAGGCGGUGGAGCCCCGCACUUUAGAAUCGGUUCAUCCACCGACCCCAGUAUGGCUGCACGACAAAGCCCGGUCCCAUCACUCACUGACACCUGCCCACUGGACGUCAUGGAGGAAGAAGAUUCCUGGUGCCCGACCUGCUCUUCCUCCUCAGACUCGGAGCAAGAGGGCUUCUUCUUUGGGAAACCGAUCCCGAAGGCUGGGCCAGCCCUCCCUGGCAGGGAGCAGAGUGGCCCUGGCAGGGCGGCAGGAAGGAGCAAGCACUUGGCCAGGCUGCGAGGAAGCCGCAAACACUGCAGCAUUUCCUAGCAGGGGGAAGGCUGGGCAAAGAGCAAGGGGUCCCCAGGCAGCAUGGAAAGGACAGAAAGGGGGUGGACGGCGGGAGGAAGAACUCAUUACUUAGCCAAGUGUAUUUAACCAGAGGGUCCCCCCCCAGCAGACAAGUCAGGGACGAGAAGUAGCCCCAUGAUGAAGAACAGGUACAGCAAGCGGGGAGGGGAAGGCAGACAGCCCUCGGAGGGCACAGACAUCCCUUCUCUUACCUCACACCCAGACAUGGGGAAAGACAAACCAGCCAGCCCUGUUUGUUCUCCAGAGCCCGUUUUACUGUGAAACUCAGGGAGGGGUUGUUUACACAGCAAGGCUGCCUACAAUCCAAAUCUCUCCACUGCCCCAUCCUAGGUUUUUGCAAGCACUGGAGAGCUCAGAGGGGCAGGACACAGGCUGCAGUUUGGCUGCUCCACCAAAGGGGAACUCUUGCUCUCAGGACCUCCCUGCUGAGAAUCCCGUUCUGACGGAGUGGCCUGGCCCUUUCGCCAGUCCACCGGGACCGAUCGAAGAUGGACACCGGAUCCUUCAGCUCAGGGCUGGGUGCAGCUUUCUCAUCCGCAGUGAAAGCUCUGAAGGAGGAUGACUGGACUUUGGAGAGGGAAGGAGGGUUUUGAAAUCCCAGAACCAAACUGUAAGCAGCGAAGCGCCCCCAGGCCGUAGGUGGUGGGGGGCAGACUGUGAAUGUGCCAGGGGAUUCCAGAGAUCAGUUCCUAAGCUUCACCAAUAAAGCUCAACAUGGACCUGAAAGGGGUUGGUGUGUGGAUAAGAGAAGCAGGUCCCGGGUGGGACAUGCUCUGCCACCUGCCUGACUGCUUCCUGCAGGAGGAAGAAGGAAAGGGCCUCAUUGCAUUACAGGGCAUCCAGUCGCUGCCCAAGGCAAAGCAAGGCCUUCCACUCAGGGUCUGUCUACACUACAGCUGCUGUAGUAGGCUCCAGAUGUAGCA